AUGUUACAUCUUAAUAUCCUCGCACUCGCCCUCGUCCCAGCCACAACAUGCCUCGCCCUUCCCCGGCAUGAUGUCCGCCCCGACACAUGCUGCUUUACACUUCACGACUCAUCAACUGGUGAAAUCGUCCGGCAAGAAACCAACUCCGGCUUCCUUUACCUAGGCGGCUCUCAGCCUACGGGCUGGUAUUGCAUCAAGCUCUCUGAUCCCAAUAAGAUCCUCUGGGACGCCUUCAACAACGCAUGCUUUGUCAACCCCGAUAAAGUGUUUCAGUGUCUCGAUCCUACUCCGAGCAACGAUUCUUGGGGCAUGGAGCAGAGUGGUAGCGACGUGCUGGUUGUGGUUAAUAGAGAUUCGUCGUUUAAAGUAUGCCCUACGGAUUCGGGAAACAUGAUCUAUACCAGUGCCAAGAAGGAUGAGGGUUGUAGGAGCCUAACAUUGAAGGCAGAGGGGCUAAAGGGGAGCUGUGGGAGUUUUCAGGGAUGA